AUGUCCCUUCUCGGUAUGUCAUGGCUGUACGACCUCUCCUCGACGCAAUGUGCGGCGUGGGGUCACAUCCAGCGUGCUGAAAGACCUCCAGAUAAAGCCAUGCGCCUCACGUCGUCGGAUGGCAUUCUACCAGCAUCAUCAAUGCCGAGCUCUCGUCACUCAUCGCCAUCCCUAACGCCAGUCGUCGACGGCGCGAUGACUUCAGGCGCAGUGGGCCCAGCAGCCUCAGUGCCGAAUAUUUUGAUGUUGGCGAAGAACCCAUCAUCAAACACAGGAAGCGUAGCGACCAAUUCUACAAGCAGGCGCUCGCCCUCGACGGUGUCGUCUGACAAGCCUUCUCUGUCGCCUUCGUUGUCCGGCGAUCUCGACGGCACUGGUGGUUCAUCAGCACAGGCAGUAACUGAUGUUGAUCCGCAAAUUCUUGAGGCGCUCAAAAGCAAGGACCGUCUUUACGUGCUUAAGCUGGGUGAACUCAUGGAGGGUCUCAUAAACGAUCGGCGACAACGAAUCGACCUCACUCCCUCGACCACCUACCAAAGACUUUUGGUCCACCGCUGCUCAGCAUACUAUGGACUACGGCCAGAGAACGACCCAACGACGAAGGGGAUAUCUGUGACAUACGUCGUUGAAAGCCAAAUCCCUUCGCGUCGAAUUUGCGAUCUCGUUCCAGCUGAAAACAAGUUUCAGCCAGCAUUCAAGAUCAUGGCUCGCCACACUGGCGAUCGAAAAUCGAAGCCCAACUCCCAAGCAGGCUCCGUAACCGGCGAAGAUAAUGAUUCGUCCGAUAUUGAACCAUCUGAGGCGGGGAGCCUUGGCGGGCGCAGCAACGCCACUGGUAAUAGUGGUGCUAUGAAUAAAAGGCGCACCAUCGAAGAACGUGAGGCUGCUUACAACGAGGCUCGCUCAAGAAUCUUCAUGGGUUUUGAAGAGAAAGAAAAGGAUAAGGAUAUCAGCGCUAGCUCCUCUACGGCUAGCUUGGUUUCUGGAUCUGGAUCGGCCAGUGGCGGUGCAAGGAGUGUUAGCGAAGUGGACGGGGAUGAGAUGCUCGACUCGCCAGUUACUGAGAGCGAACGCUCAGUUCCAGUGGUAAAGGAUAAACAACGGCGAACCAGCUCUAAGCGGGGCUCCGGCAAUAACUCUACCACUUCCUCUUCAAGAUCUAUUCGAUCUUCUGCACCUCAGUUUCUGGGAAGCGGCCCUAGUAGUUCAAGAGAGUCCCGGGCUCCUUCACCUUCCAUGGCAUUCGGGGUUCACUAUGACCCAACUGCCAUGGUGUCUCCUCCUUACGAAACCCCGUACCAUAGCCCGUAUUCUGGCACUAGUCCUGGCUCUGAGUAUCCGCCACAUCCAUAUUCAUAUCACCCUAGCUAUCCGCCACCCCCAAAUCAAACGCAACCAUACUACGCUCCCUACCCCCAAUACUAUCCGCCUUACCCGUACCCUCCUCCCCACAAUCAUACUUCUGAAUCCGCCGCUCAAACUACCCCAAAUGGCGAAUUUUACGCUCCCCACCCUUCAGUCCCUCCUCCAAUAACUUAUGGCCAUCCUCCAUAUGGCUGGCCUCCAAAUAUGCCCCCUCCUCCCGGCCAGAUGCAGCCACCGAUGCCUCCUCCCCCGCCCCCGCAUCACAUGCAUCAGGCUCAGUCGCCCCAACACGGGCCAAAUCCUCUCCCUCCUUACCCACAGCCUCCCAAUCCACAAAAUGAUCAGCAUGCUCAAUACCAGGCACCAAGCCCACCCAAUACAUACGGCUAUAUGCAGCCGCCUUACCCUUACCCUAGCCAGUAUUAUCCCCCGCCCCAGCAUCCACUGCCGCAAAAUGCACAUCAGCCUAUGUAUGCUGGUCCAAGGCCAAUGAACGGCGUGGAGCCUAACAUGACGGAUCGAGUCACCAACGGCCAAUCAAAUCCAUACAUCCCUGGUAACAUGGGCGGGAACUCAACCAAUGGUUCUGUGAGCCAUUCGCGAGCAUCCUCACGAAGCAGCAUGAGCUCAGGUCCUGUCAACGGCAACAAAGGCCGUGGGCAAUCUAUCCCUCCUCUAACGCGUGGUCCUUGGAGCUAUGGACCUGGGGUCUCUGGAUACCAGCAAUAUACGAACAACGUCUCUAACGACGCAGUCGGACCAAGGUUGACCAACCGACGAAUGUCGGGCAACAGCAUGUCAAGUUCUGGGUAUGGUUCGCGUUCAUCAGUUGGUGACGAAGCUUCAUCGACGGCUUCAUCCUCUACUUCGUCUUCGUCGCGACGAACAUACACGUCUACUUCAUCUCAGCAUCCGUUGCCCGCUCGCCCCGAUUGGGCUGUAGGGCUAAAACCACAACCUACACUCGCCUCGCACGCAAGGCACCACGACCAUGGAAAUAACCGGAAGGUGUCACCGAUUUCGCCACCACGAAGCCAAUCCUCCAAUGGCAAUGGCAGACCGCACCAGCAACCCGUGCUAGAAUCUACUGAUUUUCCGCCGUUGUCUAAUUCCGAACGGGAGACUCGAGCCCCGACAGUGGCUGGCGCGUGGACCAAUUCUUCGGUCAUCAGAUCUGCUGUCAGCCCUCCUAAGGGCUCUCCGGCUAAUCAAGGAGGACCAGCACUGGUUAAUCAUAUGUCACCUCCCAACAACAUUGAUGGUCACGACAUGAACUUCAGAUUAGAAGAUACUGAUCGUGGAUUCGAACGACCACCUCCCAAAGGAUCCGCCGAACUGUUCAACCCCAAGCUGCCUAGAAAAUCGCAGACACCCAGCAGCCUCCAGGACGAACGGUCACAAGUUAAGAACGACCACGAGUCUUUGCUGGCUAGCCAGACGGCAGGCCUGUCGCUCACUGAGUGGGUUGAAAAUGUGGAGCCUACUCCUCCGAGCAGCUAA